AUGUCCAGCCAGCCUUCAGGGUCCCAGUCUUCGUCGGCCCGAACCAUUCUUGCUUCCGCUAGCUUCUUUGGUCCUGACGGGGAGGUUGUCUGUAACAAAUGCGGAAAGCCUGCAAGUAGGCUGACUAGCCACUCAGUGAAGAACCCAGGACGAUUGUUUUGGAAGUGUGAUCCAUGCAACUUUUUCCAAUGGGACGAUAAGCUUCCUCCCCGUCCUGGGUCAGCGACACCUACGCCUUCACAGAUGAACUCAUCUCUACCUCCUGCGACACCCCGUGCUUCGCAAACAGUCCCUAUUCCACUAGUGACGCCGUCUUCAUCUCAGCAUGCUCCCCGCGCAGGAUUAACGCCUUCUCCGAAUAAGCGCUCAGCUCCCGCGGAACCAAGCAGCCAGGAGGUGCGGAACAAGCGUCUUGCAACGAUCUACAACGCGAUUCGACAACCCGAUCCGUCACAAAUGCUCGCGACUCCAUCCUCACCGACGCCGAAGAAGUUCAAAUCUGUCACGAGCCCGUCCACGACUUCCGCCGCUUCGAUACAGCCUCGUCCUAUUCCGGCGCCUGAUUUUGGUGUUCCUGUGUCAAGUCGUGCGAGCGACGCCGGCAAUACUCUCACUAUCCACGAUAACGCGAGUGCCGACGACUUCUUCGGUGCGACCCCUCAUAUGCCUUCACAUCAUACGGAUGACCACGACACGGAAUUGUUGACUCCCCCGGAUACUGGCAAAACCCAGAUUAUACCUCUUCCCGGUGCCGAUAAUAGCCCGCUGAAAGGUAAGGGCAAGGCCGUUGCAACUGGUAUGGAGUCUGAUGAGGAGUGGAAUGCGCUCGACGACACCAUGGACCUGGACAACACGCAGUCGACAUUGCAGGUUUCCCAAGAACAGCCUCCUGCCGGGCCAUCUCACGCCAGAACUGUUCCGAGCGACAUCGACUUUGAGCCUCUCUUCAAGGAUUUGGCUCGACUCCCCGACUAUGUCCGUUCGCUGAAGGCGGAGAAUGCCAGGCUCAAGGAGGAACUCGAUCGGGAGAAAGCGAAGAGCAAGAAGUACAAAAUUGCCCUUCAUGCCGCGCUUGGUGACAAAGAGUGA